AUGGAAACACAUCUAGAUUACAGGGUGUCGGAUCCAGACGACCUUUCAAAAGGAAAGUACCAGAAACAUCCAAAAAGGAAACGAACUACGUUCACGAAGAAACAAUUGGCAGAUUUGAACUUCCUUUUCAAUAAAAACCCGUACCCCACCCCUAGCCUUCAGAGAGAAAUGACCUCAAAAAUGGACAUACAUCCAACAGUCCUGCAGGUUUGGUUCAAGAAUCGUAGAGCGAAACUCAAGAAAGCCAAAUACGAGGAUUUUCAGUCAGAACAGCAAGAGGCUCAACAGCAAUUAUCUGAGGCAGGAGGCAAGAUCAGCUCUUCCAAGGGAAAUAUGGAUACACCUCCCAGGUCCCCUAAUGGUACCUCCCCUGCAUCUCUAGUUUAUAUGGAUCGUCCAAUAUCUUCCUUCCAACUCAGCAGGUGGCGCAAUUUGAAGGCUGUCACAGACCAUUCUCUUGGCCACAAAAUGGUACAUUUUGGCUACUGCCAAUACCCUAAUAUAUACUGCCUCUAUCCCAUUUUGGAAACCCAAGCUCUCUCCACAAGCUUCAAUUCUAAUUCUUUUGGCUCUUUUUCGCCAUAA